UCACCAGAAAAGACGCGCUCCCGCUUCCAUCAUGGAUGGAUCUCGGUGUCCUUACAUCCAGAUCUCAUCACAUUCAGGCGCCUAUGACUUGUUGAAUGUGGCUUUUGCGGACUGUUCUCCACCGUUUGAGAUGUGACUAGAUGAAACAGGAGAUCAUUGUCUCGCGUCUGAAGAUGAGGCGUCUGUCCCGGAAGAAAGCCCUGAACCUGGUAAAGGAGUUGGACGCGUUCCCUAAAGUGUCUGAGAGCUACGUGGAGACGUCGGCCUCAAGAGGAACAGUGUCUCUCCUGGCCUUCGGUGGCAUGGCUCUCCUGGCAGUCUUGGAGUUCUUUGUUUACCGAGACACUUGGAUGAAGUACGAAUAUGCAGUGGACAAGGAUUUUUCCAGUAAACUGAGGAUAAACGUUGACAUCACGGUUGCCAUGAAAUGCCAGCAUGUUGGAGCCGACAUUCUGGACCUGGCUGAGACCAUGAUCACAUCCAGUGGGCUCCAGUAUGAGCCGGUCAUUUUUGAGCUGACUCCACAACAGAGACAGUGGCAAAGGACGCUGCUUCUCAUUCAGAACAGGCUGAGGGAAGAGCACGCUCUCCAGGAGGUCCUGUACAAAACGCUGCUGAAAGGAGCCCCCACGGCGCUGCCCCCACGGGAGGACGCGUCUGCAGAGCCUCGUAACGCCUGCAGGAUCCACGGACACGCCUACGUCAACAAGGUGGCGGGAAACCUGCACAUCACCGUGGGAAAGCCCAUCCACCAUCCUCAGGGCCACGCUCACAUCGCUGCUUUUGUGAGCCACGAGUCGUACAACUUCUCUCAUCGAAUAGACCACUUGUCUUUUGGGGAGGAGAUACCGGGCAUCAUAAAUCCUCUGGACGGCACCGAGAAGCUCACCGACAACAACAACCAGAUGUUCCAGUACUUCAUCACCGUGGUCCCCACCAGGCUGAACACGUACAAGAUCGCGGCCGACACGCAUCAGUUCUCGGUCACCGAGCGAGAGCGGGCCAUAAACCACGCGGCAGGCAGCCACGGCGUGUCCGGCAUCUUCCUCAAGUACGACACCAGCUCCCUGACGGUGACGGUCAGCGAGCAGCACAUGCCCCUGUGGCAGUUCCUGGUGCGACUGUGCGGCAUCGUCGGGGGAAUCUUCUCCACCACAGGCAUGCUCCACGGGCUGGUCGGCUCCUGCUUCCACCUCGUCUGCUGCCGCUUCAGACUGGGCGCCCACGGGCCCGGAUCUCUAUUAAAUGUGUUCCAGGACGUGAAUCCGCACAACCAGACCAACAAUGUGAACCACCACCAGAUCCCCGUUCUGGCCGACGACAUCCCCCCGGAGUAGCAAGCGUUGACGUGAAUGUUCUGCCCUCUGCAUGUCGUCAUGUCCACAACCAGCAGAGGACGGCACUAUUGGGUACAGCCCUUAAAUUCUACAGUUAAGGUGAUUCACUAUCAGACUUCAGUAAUUAAAGGCCUCUCUGUACAUUUGAGUGAGUUGGAACUGAGAUUCCAGGAAACCAAUAGUGUCAUGCCCAUGUUAAAUAAAACAAAGCUUUGAUUCA